AUGCCUCCUACGCAGCUGCGCUUCCUGCAACGAUCCAUAGCAGGAGCAUGCAGAGCAGCCACGCCACAGAGAAGGGAUGGUGCCUCUCAGCCUGUUGUCCUGCAAAUGGAGCACGUACAAUGGCCUAAGCCAGACAAGAGAGACCAGAAUUUGGCCGGAGAUCUGGUUCCCGAAGAGGUCGACGACUUUGAGGCGGUGGAGGCAGGAAAGUCGCCGGGAUUUGAGAUUGAGAAGGCCAGAGAGGUGUUGGCUGUGACAACAACACAGGAAAUGUUGUCAAGCUUGACCUCAAAAACCCAUUUCCUGCGUUUAAUUAUUAUCAUGUUGAUCCAAAUAUAUCUCUUUCGCAUGAAGAGAUGGAAGCUUACAACAAGUCGUGCCCUUGGGGGCAAGAUAAGUUCCUCUUUACUUGAUCUAAAGUAUUUGAGUUACCUUGACCUAAGCUUGAAUAAUUUUGAUGGAAUCAAUAUUCCAAAGUUUUUGGGUUCCCUUGAAAGUUUGACGUAUCUCAAUCUCUCUUUCUCAUUGUUUGCCGGAGUUAUUCCUCCCCAUCUUUGGAAUCUUUCAAGGCUCCAAUAUCUAGACCUCCAUUCAUUUUCAUUUUCCAUUAACUUCUAUAACUUUUCAUCUCAAAGAUUAGAGGUCGAAAGUCUGGAAUGGGUUAAUGCUUUUCCUUCUCUUAAGUACCUUGGAAUGAAUUUUGUAAAUCUUGAGAAAGUACCAAAUUGGUUUCAUGCGGUUAAUAUGCUUCCUUCCUUACAGGAGUUACACCUAGUUGGUUGUGGACUUGUUAGUCUUCCUCACUCUGUUUCCUCCAUCAAUUUUACACUACUUUCAGCCCUUGAUCUCUCUUACAACCAUUUUAACUCCUUCAUACCUCACUGGUUGUCAAAUGUGAGUGGGCUUUCAACAAUCAAACUUAAGUCCACUUUGCUUAGAGGUACUCUUCCAGUUGGUCUGGGACAUCUAACCAACUUGCGUGUCUUGAAUUUAGCUGGAAACAAUUUAAUUGGAAGGAUUCCAAACUCAUUUGCCAACCUUUGCAACUUGCAAGCAUUAUAUAUGUAUUCCAACAAUAUAAAUGGGGAGAUAACUGAGUUUGUGAAUGGCUUAUCUCAAUGUUCCAACAGCAGCUCUGAAGAUGGGAACUUGUCAUCACUGCAAGCACUUGCCCUCUCAUAUAAUCAAUUGAACGGAACAAUUCCAAAAAGCAUCGGGAAAUUGUCAAUGCUUGUUUCAUUGGACCUAACAGAGAAUUCAUGGGAAGGUGUCCUAACUAAAGCUCAUUUUCAAAAUCUCACCCGAUUAAAAUCUCUUAGGUUGUCUACGAACCUUAAUGCAAAAGGGACCUUGGUUUUAGAUGUCACACACGAAUGGGUUCCUCCCUUUCAGCUGGAAUCUAUUUUUUUAUCAAAGGUUCAGAUCGGCCCAAAUUUUCCAGCUUGGCUAAAAAUACAAAAUAAACUCAAUUUUCUUGUGCUCGACAAUGCUGGCAUUUCUGACACCAUUCCACAUGGCCUUUGGAAGUCUUGCCCAAAUGUCACCUAUUGGAGUCUAUCUAAUAACAAACUACGCGGGAAGGUACCAUACUUUCAAUUUCACCCUUUAGCAUCUUAUUUUGAUUUGUGUUACAACAACUUAGAGGGUCCAGUUCCACUUUUUCAUAGUAAUCUAAGAGUCAUAAAUCUCGGGAAUAAUAUGUUUUCUGGACCUAUUCCAAAAAACAUAAGUGAGUUAUUGCCCAAGUUGUCUUGGUUGGACCUCUCAUCAAAUUCAAUUACUGGUAGAAUUCCCUAUGCUAUAGGAAUGCUAAAGGAAUUGAAUGGCCUUAUUUUGGGAAACAAUUCCCUAUCUGGGAAACUCCCCCACUCAAUGCGACAUCUGAGUUCACUAAAUGUAUUGUCAUUGCCCCAAAAUUAUCUCGAGGGCGAGCUUCCCUCUUUCUUCAGAAAUUAUAGAAACUUGAAAAGCCUUGAUCUUGGAGGAAACAAAUUCUCUGGAAAACUUCCUGCAUGGAUGGGUGAAAGUUCACCAUAUUUACUGAGGUGCAAUCCCUCAAUGUUUAGGAAGCUUGAGAAAUAA